AUGUUAUGUCAAACCUUCCGCAUCUGGGCCAAACGCACCCCAGGGUAUGUCUUUUGGCGCCAAAGCACCCUUAUUGAGCUGGAGCACUCCAGGCGAAACUACCUUAUGUCCGAGCGACCGGUCCCCGUUUCGGAGAUAGCGCGACGCAUGGUACGCGUCCUGAAACGUUACGAGGAGACACGUGACCAUCACGAACGAAAUCUCCUUCGCGGUGAGUACAAGUACUUCAGUGGGAAGAUCUGUGAUACGCGCGGUGCCCGAUCAAGUGACCUCAUCGCCUUUUUGAAGUGCUGCAAUUUUUUCGGCUUCUGGGAUACCGCACAAGUUGAACGAAUCAUGCAGGAGAUACGACUAAAACGCGACAGCAUAGCAGCGAACGAGCUGGUAGAACUAUUUUUGUGUUUACCAGGUUUACGAAAACAAAACAGUGACCUUUACCACGACGCUGCAGAGAAACUGGCAGGAUUGGUGCCGGAGCUGACUACACAAGAGUGCAUUUCUGUGUGCGAAGCCUGCACCGAGUCUGCACCUAUUUCUCUUCUGCAUAAUGUGCUCCUAGGGAUAAAACAGGGCGUCAAUGAUCUUACCGCUUCUCAGUUGGUGAAUGUAAUCGACACCAUUGGCUCUGCACCACAGCCUAUUCGACAAAACUUCCUGCAGCUUCUUGAAGAGCUUCAAACCAAAGCUCUUGCCAUGUCUAACGAGUUGGAUUGUGUAGAUAUUGCUGUACUAUACACUGCACUUAAAUCACACGGCGACUGCAAUGAGCACGAUGAAAAGACGCUUUUGCAGAACUACAUCACACACACUGCGAGCAGUUGUGCGCGUUCACUGGCUAUGAUGUUCUCAGCAACCUCAAAUUCAUUAGAGAUGAGUUUGUUGCUGGCGCAGGCCAUGGAAGAGAGGACGCUGUUCUUGGCGACUGACUUCACCCCUGCUGAGCUGCUCGCCGUGUUAAAAAUCUACAUGAGGUGCCUUGGCGCCAUGAGUAUGGUUGUUGGUAUGCACCAAACUCACGUAGUCAAAUCCGACGUUACCAAGCCUUUGCCAGUUUUAAAUAGUGAUGGCGGCGAUAUCCCUAAGCUCUUGAUACCUGAGGCGAAGUUAGCCGCGCAACGACAUGCCGGACUACGCCAUGUGUUAAUGGGGUUGUGUGAGCAAUUGGUGGUGAUGCUUGAAGGAGCGGCAUCGUACGUUUCGCCCGUGGAGCAGAUGACGCUAUUAGAGGUGUAUCAGACAACCUUGGAUGAUAUCGCAUCCGUCACAGAUGAUUCAACUUCGUUGCUACUGGCGCAGCUUCCACAGACUCGCACAAUAAUGCAGCUUCUCACAAACAAAAUCAUAUCAAAGAUUAAACAAAGCUUCUCGCUUGGGGAGCUUGUGCGCCUGUUGGAGUUGGGCAAUGGUCUAGGGUCCCAUAUUUUACCGGAUGCUGUUGUUUCAGCAACCAUACAAGAAUUGCUCGUGCGGCAUUGGAAGCUAACACCCGAUGAUGCAUUCAGCGUGGCCAAUCUGUUGGGUUCACUGAAGAACCUCCGUUCCGAGCACCAAGCCCGUAUAAACACAAGUCUAAUACCAAAGUUUUGUAACUUUGUUUAA